GCAGAGCUCAACUUCCUUUUUUCCCUUGCAGCGGAGUCAAUUCCCAGUCUUUGGCUCCGGGCUCCUUCAUAAGGAGGCCAGAAAGACUGCAAAAUGGGUUUCGUUAAAGUAGUGAAGAACAAGGCGUACUUCAAGAGAUACCAAGUCAAGUUUCGUAGGAGGAGAGAGGGGAAAACUGACUACUUUGCCCGCAAGCGCCUUGUCGUCCAAGAUAAAAACAAGUACAACACGCCAAAGUAUCGCAUGAUUGUCCGCUUCACCAACCGGGACAUCAUCUGUCAGAUCGCUUACGCUAAGAUCGAAGGGGACAUGAUUGUGUGCGCGGCGUACUCGCACGAGCUGCCCAAGUACGGCAUCGCCAAUGGUUUGACAAACUACGCGGCGGCCUACUGCACCGGUCUGCUGCUGGCUCGCAGGCUCCUGAACAAGUUCGGCUUGGACAAGGUGUACGAGGGCCAACUGGACGUGAACGGUGAGGAGUUUAACGUGGAGAGCAUCGACGGGCAGCCUGGCGCCUUCACCUGCUACCUGGACGCCGGCCUGGCUCGCACCACCACCGGCAACAAGGUGUUCGGGGCUCUCAAGGGCGCCGUGGACGGAGGUCUCAGCAUCCCCCACAGCACCAAGCGUUUCCCUGGCUACGACUCAGAGAGCAAGGAAUUCAACGCCGAAGUCCACCGCAAGCACAUUCUGGGCAUCAACGUGUCCGAGUAUAUGAGCAUGCUGAUGGAGGAAGACGAGGAAGCCUACAAGAAGCAAUUCUCGCGCUUCAUCAAGAACGGCGUGGCUCCCGAUAUGAUUGAGGAAUUGUACAAAAAAGCGCACGCUGCCAUCCGUGAGAACCCAGUCCAUGAAAAGAAGCCUCCCAAGGAGGUGACAAAGAAGAGGUGGAAUCGUGCCAAGAUGUCUCUGGCCCAGAGGAAAGAUCGCGUCGCCCAGAAGAAGGCAAGCUUCCUUCGGGCUCAAGAAAAGGAGGAAACAGAGUGAGGCCUCGCUCUACGCAGCUCCCGGGCUACAAUUUUGUUCUAAUAAAUCUAUGGAAAAUGUU